CUGGGUUCGAAGCCACUGAAUACAGCAAAAUGGUCCUAGUGUUCCCCAGAAUUUCUCUGAAGCCGGAGGUGGAGGCAUAUCUCCUAAGUGUCUUUAAGAAUAAAGAGAUUCUGGCAAAUAUACAAUCUGAACAGUCCAACUUUAAAUUUGAAUCUCUACUGAGCCGUUUAUCACAUCCUCCAGCUUUCACAUGCAUCAGGGUCAAUACUUGUGCAGCAUCCACUGAUCAAGUUAAAAAGCUGUUGACUGAAGAGCUCCAGAAGCAAUGUAAAGGAUGGCCUAUGAGUGAUAUUCCAGUACUGGAACAUCCAGAGCUUCCAGAUGUUCUUCUAAUACCAGUUAUUGGUCCUAGGAUAAAUCUGCAGAGGCAUUCCAUAGAAGUGAUUGUGGGGGCACAGUGUGGGAAUGCUGUACUUCGUGGAGCACAUGUUUUUAUUCCUGGCAUCCUCUCCGCUCCAAAACUAAUGAGAGCUGAGGAUGCUGUUUCUGUAUAUUCCGAUAUUGGUGGCAAGUGUAAAAGAGGUGCAGUAGAGUUCGUGGGAUCAAAAACAUUUGUAGGGAAUGGAAUUGCUGAAUUAAGUCGCAAUGAAAUAUUUUCCUCAAAUUGCACUUUAAGGGGUGUGGGAAUCAGAAUGACAGAACCAGUUUAUAUCAGCCCAUCAUUCGACAAUGUCUUACCUAGUCUGCUAUUUUUGCAGAACUUGCCAUCUGUGGUAGUGAGUCAUGUGUUGGAUCCCAAACCUGGAGAGCGAAUCUUGGAUAUUUGUGCUGCUCCCGGUGGAAAAACCACCCAUAUUGCAGCAUUAAUGAAUGAUAAGGGGGAAGUAAUAGCAAUGGAUAAAAUUGCGAAUAAAGUGAAGAAGAUAAAGCAGAAUGCUGAGAAUUUACAACUAAAAUGUAUUAAAGUGUUUUGUUAUGAUGGAACAAAAGCACUGGCAAAGGAAGGCAUUUGGGAUGGGCAAGCAGGACCUCCAUUUCUACCGGAAUCCUUUGAUCGUAUACUUCUGGAUGCGCCUUGUAGUGGGUUAGGUCAGAGACCAAAUAUGGCGUGUGAUUGGAGUUUAAAGGAAAUCACUUCUUAUCCGCCAUUACAGCGAAAAUUGUUUAGAGUGGCAGUGAACUUACUAAAACCUGGAGGUGUUUUGGUAUAUAGCACUUGUACAAUAACACUGGCAGAAAAUGAAGAACAAGUUGCCUGGGCACUCGAUUCUUUUCCUUGUUUAAGCCUACAGUCACAGGAACCUCACCUGGGUGAAGAAGGAAUGAUGGGUGCUGGUCUGUCCAAUGAUCAGCGGCAAUUGCUGCAGAGAUUUGAUCCAGCCAGCGUGACUGAAGGGCAUACCAGUGUUUCUUGUUCGGAUCUGGACAGCAGCCAGAUAGAACACUUAAUCAAGUCUGCUAAUAAGGACACAAUAGGCUUCUUUAUUGCUAAAUUUAUGAAGAUGCAGGAUGGCUAACAGUUAUUAACUAAUUAAAAUAACCCAAAUUCUGGAAAUUCAAAACAAAAACAGGAGAUGAUGGGAAUUAGAUGCAGGUCAGUUAGCAUCGGUAAGGAGUUUAGAUCUGGUUAUUGAUGUUUAUAGUGUACAUCCAUUCAUUAGUGGUUUAAUAAUUUGUAGGUUCUUUGUGAACUGAAAACCUGAAGCUCCGUUAAGAGCAUCAUCAGUAUAUUCUUGUGACGGCAAUUCAAAAGCAUUGUUGCUAUGGUAGCAGUAGAUUUUGCCAGCUGUUCAAUGGGGUCAUAAACCAUGCAGUGAGAAAGAUCAUUAUAGGCUUUUGCAUUUUAUACAGAACCCAAAUUGCAACAUUUGGUUUCAGCCACUUACUCACUUCUUAAAAACAAGGUUUGU